AUGCACAAUUACCGCCUGCUUUCAGUGGUGAUUGCCCGCCAAGUCCUCCCAUUGUCCCUUAUGAGACUUGCUAUACGAGACUGCUUGUCGACACCGGAUGCAGCCAAAUGUCCAGCAAUCCCACGCCAGAGACACCGCCAAUUGUCACGUCGCGUUGCGAAAGGGACAGAAUCAUCCGAGCAGCAGACAGGGCUGUACUGAGUGUGCUAGGACUCUACGAGGCAGCAAAUGGGAGUAUGGCGAGAGGUUGUGAGAGGUCGUUGGUUUUUCAGUCAGUAUAUCAGCUGGACCGUGCGCGCGUGUGAGUGUUCUCAUCUCGCGAAAGG